AUGACUGACGUAAGUAUUGUCAAAUUUAAUUUAGCUUCGAACCUGCCAUCGAUUAGUUAUUUUAAUGAAGGUAAACUAAUAUCCCUUUUCCAAGACGGGAUGUCGCUACACUUUUGGGCUUACCGCGGACUAGUACGAUUUAACACCGACGCGACUGCUAAAUUAUUUAUUCUUACCCAUAGAGUGGGUGGGUUAGGUUUAAACUUAGUAGGUGCGAAUAGAGUGAUUAUGAUUGGGUCUAACUACAACCCGUCUCUGGACACCCAAAGUAUGUACAGGGUGUAUCGAUUCGGGCAGACGAAGAAGUGCUACGUUUAUAGAUUAUUGUCAAUGGCCACCAUGGAAGAAAAAAUCUACCAAAGGUGCGUCGUCAAGUUACACUUGAGCGGAACCGUAGUAGAUAAGCUGCACUUCGUGCGAAGAUACACAUCAAGUGACCUUCGAGAAUUGUACAAAGUCGACUUUAGCGAAUACACUGUAGACCGACCUAUCCCGAUAGUACCAACCGACAAACUAUUGGCACAACUGGUACAAAACACGUACGACAUCUACCGGUACCACCUCCACAAUUCGUUACUAGAAAAUCGUCCGGAAGAAGAACUCACCGACGAAGAUAAAAAAAUGGCCUGGGACGAAUUCAACAACAUGGAGGAGGCGGCGAGAACCAACGGUCCAACUCUGGUGCCAAACCCGAUGAACAACAACGCGCGUGGCUUCCUGCCGAGGGUGUUUCUUCCGAACGGUAUGCGCCCCCAGGUGUCAAACCGGGUUGUCCAGCCCGCGAGCAACUUCCUGCAUUUGUUUGACCAAACCGUACCGGGUCGGCUUAGUGGUCACAAUGCGCACAAUCGGUUUCAGGCUAACUUUCCCGCGACGGAGCUCUUGCAGAACUUGAGGGAAAAUAUUGCGCAAGUGCUAAGAGAGCAGCCUUUGCCUAGUGGUGCAGAUGAAGCGCCAUCAGCUGAGUUUAAUUAUGCGUUGAACAAAGUUGUAUGAUUGGAUAUUUCGUUGUAUUAUAUCGAUUUGAAUGAAACGUUUUUUGGUA